CUGGGCUGUUCCCCUCUGCAUCCAGGCUCGUAAAGAACCCAGGCUCAUAAGGAACCCAGGCCCGCACCACAGCGCCUGUUGAAUCCCAAUAUCUCUGAGAGUCCUGGAUGUCUGCCAGAGGCUGCUGGAAGGGAGACAGGCAGACAGGCACCAAUGCCUGCACACAGUUGCUUCUUUUCCCUCAUUCUCCAGCAGAGGACGUGCCACGGCAUAGCAUGACCUCCCUUCAUCCUGCAGCCAUGCCCUUCCCCAACAGCUCUGACAUCAACCCAUCCUCCUUCAUCUUGGCCAGUAUCCCAGGGCUGGAGGCUGCCCAUUUCUGGAUGGCGAUCCCUUUGUGCUCCAUGUACAUCAUGGCUGUAGCAGGCAACUGCGCGGUGCUGUUCAUCGUCAAGACAGAGCCCAGCCUGCACGUUCCCAUGUACUUCUUCCUCUGCAUGCUGGCUGCCAUCGACCUGGCCUUGUCCACCUCCACAGUGCCACGUGUCCUCUCCUUCUACUGGUUCAACAUCAGGGAGAUCAGCUUCGGCGCCUGCCUUGUCCAGAUGUUCUUCAUACACACGCUCUCGGCUAUUGAGUCUACCAUCCUCCUGGCCAUGGCUGUGGACCGCUAUGUGGCCAUCUGCCACCCACUGAGACAUGCUGCCAUCCUCACCAAUGCCACAACAGCAAAAAUAGGGCUGGCAGCCAUGAUCAGGGGAGUUCUCUUCUUCCUGCCCUUGCCUUUGCUCCUCCUGCCGCUUCCUUUCUGCAGCUCACGGGUGCUGUCACACUCCUUCUGCCUGCACCAGGACGUGAUGAACCUGGCCUGCGCCAACACCACUCCCAGUGUGGUGUAUGGCCUCACUGCCAUCCUGCUGGUCAUGGGGCUGGACGCCCUCCUCAUCUGCAUCUCCUACCUCCUGAUCCUCAAGGCUGUCUUGCGGCUGGCAUCGUGGAAGGAGAGGCUCAAGGCGUUCAGCACCUGCAUUGCCCAUAUCUGUGUGGUCUUGGCCUUCUAUGUACCACUGAUUGGGCUGUCCGUGGUGCACCGGUUUGGAAGGGACCUCGCCCCGCUUGUCCAUAUCAUCAUGGGGAACAUCUACAUCCUUGUGCCAGCUGUGCUCAACCCCAUCAUCUAUGGGGUGAGGACUAAACAGAUACAGAGGAGGAUCCUGAGUUUCAUUCACAUACACAACAACAGAACUGCCCAGUGACUUGUGCUUGGAUAUUGUGUCCUUUUUCCUCUCAGUGUCUCAACUUGUUUUACACUCAGAGUCCUUGGAGCUGGGGCUGUCCUCUGUGCAGCACUCAGCACAUGGUAGGAGACUCUAAGGUGUUAUCACAGGGUAAAAAGGAAAUAACAGCUGUAAACUCCUUCCAAGAGUGCUUACUUCACCAAAGUUGGAGUGAAUCUACUAUGAUGAUCCAAAUCCAACCCUGAUCCAGCACAUACAGGAAGGAAAAAUGUCUCAGCAAACUAACAACAUCUUGACAUGGCACUUCUUUGUUCCCAUCUCCUCUCCAACAUUUGCACAGCUGCGUGAAUGCCACAGUGGUUUGUGAAUUAUUUAGAUAAUUCAUGGUUUGUGCUUUUGAUGUGCUCACUGUCCAAAAACAUUUUAGCAAAGUUUUUGGCUAAAAUUUAUUUUUAAGUAAAAUAAUUACAGGUGACAUUAAAGGUGCGGAAAUGCACUUUAAAAGUGCUCCACCUCUGUAGUCUUGUUCUGAUCUACUGGGUGUCCAGUUCACACAGCUCUGACCCCUCACAGCUCAGAGUUAUUGACAGAGGUUGUGAAAAUAAUUUCCAUUAAGAAUUAUAUUCUAGAAAACCGGUCUCUCAAGAGAAAAAUUAGGAAGUUGUAAAUGUGAGGGAUAUUCCUCAGCUGAAGGAAUCACUAUUUCCAAGUGGAAGGUGUUUUAUACCUUUGACUUCACAUGUGUAUGGAUUUCCAAAGGAGCUCAAGAUCUCCAUCUUUCAGAUUUUUCUUAUAAUUCCAAGAUAUUCUGCAUUAAAUCAGAACACCUCAUAGCCUUUCCUCUCUGUAGUCUCACAACUCUUCUAUCAGUGGGAAGCUAUAAAACUCUUUUUAUGUGAUGGAAGCCUCCGAGUCUCGGGGCUAAUGAAGAUGUGAAAGAUGAUGCAGAUGAUUUUGUGGUUUGAAGUGCUCUCUACAAUGAAGCAUACUGAUUUAAAGAUGUUCUCAUAUCUUUUCUUUCCCUAAUCCAUUGAAGAUCUUUGUGUACUUUGUCUUUAUAGAAGUGCUUUCUUCUUCGUAAGUAGAAAAAGAUCCAACCAAUCCCUUCUUUUACCUCUUGGUUUAAACUCUUACCUUGUUACUUGCUGGCUAUUUUAAAUUGUGCUCUUCAUCCCCGAGGUAGAUGUGGAGUCUCCUUCCUUGGAGAUCUUCAGAAGCCAUCUGGGCUGCAUUGCCAUGGGCAGGAAUGUGUUUGCUGUUCCCACAGAUCAACUCUGGAGCAGCCCCUGGAAUUCCUCUGGUGAGAGGGCUGGGUGAUCUCUAGCUGGCUGGUUGUAUGCAGGUGAGUAACAGAGAGGAAGUCAUUUGGAUGCAAAACCCUUCAUGUCAGAACAUCUCACAGAUGACCAGAGGUACCAGGUACUUUCAUGAUCUAUGCUCCAUUAGGAGGUCCAGGAGCUCUUGAACAUUGUUAUCUUCAUCAGCAGAAUAUUGUCAAAGAAUCCAUGGGGUAAUUCGGGUUGGAAGGGAGCUCCAAACAUCUCCAGCCCAAACCUCUUAUCAAUGCAGGGGCAGCUUCAGGGUCAGACAAGGUAGCAGAGCUGUUCAUUCGGUCAGGUGCUGAAAGCCUCCAAGGACAGAUGUAGGACAAUAUCUUCGGGCCUCUAUUACAGUUCUUGACUGUCCUUACUGUGAUUUUUUUCCUCUUUUUAUCUGGCUUGACCUUCUCAUUUCAAACCAUGCUUGUGACUCUCAUCCUCUUGCUACACCGCUCUGUGAGAGCCUGGCUUCAUCUUCCCGAUGAUGUUUUUGUGGGUAGUGAAAGGCCACUCAUCUGCUCUUGGGAAGAGUCAAAGCUGUUCUUCUGAAGCUGAACAAGCCUAUUUUCCUCCUCAAGUAUCACUGAUCCAGCCCCGGCCACCCUGCUAUCAGAUGACUAUGCCUUUUUUGUUCUGGGGCCCAAAACUAGAUUUGUUAUCUAGAUGUGGAUUAGCAAGUGCUGGUCCUUGAGGACAUGGCCUAUCACUGUCUGGAAAGGUCAGCUUAGAGCCCAAAACAAUGGACACUGAGAAGAACUAGUAGAGAAGGAGAAAAGAUCAAAACAAAACGCCAGGGGGUGUAAAUCUGCACUGGCUCACAACAUACAUGUGGAACUAUGCUUUACAGUCAGAGAUUCAUAGGGUAAACUUUUAUUUAGCGCUAAAUGGAUCAGGAUACCUGGGGAAAGCCCGCAGAAUUAUGUUUAGCUAUGAAAAAUAGAGUAUUUUGGAAAAGAGCAUAAGAAAAACGGACUAUUUCCAUCAGAGAGAAUGGAAGCAAAGAAAAGCAAGCACACACCCCAGAAGAGCAGAGGUUCAAGAGCUCUCCUCCCUCACUGCUGCCAGGAGUGGGCACACAGAAGCAGCCAUGGUUCGUGUCCAGAGCAGCACACCAGGGAGCCCUGCUCAUCCUUUAAACUUUCAUCAUCAUGUUGCUCCAGGGCCUUCAGGUGACAGAUAAUACACUGGAGUCUGGCGUGUUUUUUUCUCAUUGCUAACUAACACUGGAGUAAAAGGAGUGCCUUUGUAUUUCUGUAGCUUCGGACUCUAUUAAGCACAUUUUCCUAUAAGCUUUACUCCUAAAUUAAAGCACACUUUAUUUCAAAAUAAAUACUUUCAUUUAAGCAAGUGACAAGUAGUUUCUACCUGGGACUUAAAAACAAUUUCAUCCCUUGUCAUUUUUUGUCAGAUUCUGUUUUACUAGAGCUGACGGGCAACACAUUUUCAUAAAAAUGAAAGCAAUCUAUACCUGCCUAAUGUGAUUUGAGAAGUGUGAAUGAAUUUUUCAGAGGCACGCUAUGGCUCCAAACACUUUUCAGGUGGCUGUGACAUUGAGAAAUGGCUCCUGCUCAUUCUCCAUAUGUUCCUUAUUUUGUUUCCUUUUGUACCGAGAGAAAAAUUAAUAAAGUAAAAUGAAUGAA